AUGGUACAAUAUUUCUUUUGUGGUGCUGAAUUGCCUAGAUAUAUUACUCAUACUAAUAUGGUCUUAUUAAAAAAGAAAGACUUGAUUAACACCUUCUCAUUUAUGAGACCAAUUAGUUUGAGUAAUUUUGUUAACAAAAUAUUUUCAAGGUUGCUAAAUGAAAGAUUGUUGGAUUUUCUUGGAGAUAUUUUAUCUUUAAAUCAGUCUGGCUUUAUAAAAGGGAGAAGUAUUGUUGAAAAUGUGGUUCUUACUCAAGAAAUUAUUGCUGAUAUAAGAUUAAGGACUAAGACUACUAAUGUGGUGAUGGAAUUGGAUAUCGCUAAAGCAUAUGAUAGAGUGGCUUGGCUGUUUUUAACAAAGGUAUUGAGGCAGAUGGGUUUUUCAGAGAGUUUGAUAGACAUGGUUUUUAGAAUCAUCAGUAAUAAUUGGUACUCUUUAUUGAUUAAUGUCCAACAAAAGGGUUUUUUUCAAUCAUCAAGAGGAGUAAAGCAGGGGUAUCCUCUAUCCCCUACUUUAUUUAUUCUGGCAGCUAAAGCGUUGACAAGAAAUCUUAAUGAUUUACAUUAA